CCUCUGGUCGUACCGCCAGCUCCCCUCAAAUUUCUCCCCGAGCCAUGGCCAACGCCAGUCCGACCCGGAAUGCUGUCGUGGGCAUCCUCGCAUUACAAGGGGCGUUCGCGGAGCACCAGGCGAUGCUGCAGCGGUCGCCCAUAAAGCGGAAGGUCACGGUCGUACAGGUCCGGACGGCGGAGGAUCUUGCAAAGUGUGACGCUUUGAUCAUACCCGGCGGAGAAUCCACCACAAUGGCCAUUCUGGCUCGGUCGCUGGGUCUACUUGAGCCUCUCAAGGAGUUUAUACGGACCAAGGUCGUUUGGGGAACCUGCGCUGGAGCUAUCCUGCUCUCGCAGUCAGUGGAGAAUGCGAAGAAAGGCGGACAGGAACUCCUAGGUGGCAUCUCCGUGAAGAUUGCACGGAACGGUUGGGGUUCACAGGUUGAGUCCUUCGAGGCUGCUCUCGAAGUAGAAGGUCUUCGUGACUCGAGCACGCCAUUUACCGGUGUCUUUAUCCGCGCCCCCGUUAUCCUGGGUCUCAACCCUGCCCCGUCGGACCCACCAAUAGAAGUGAUUGCCCGGCUUUCUCCACAGUGUCUCCCCCGCUCACACGACCAGCCGGAGAGGCAAGUGACGGACUCUUCCGACCCACGGACUAUUGUCGCUCUUCGGCAGGGCCGCCACCUACUCACUACCUUCCACCCUGAGCUGACGGACGACAACCGUUUCCACGAGUACUUCGUACAACACUGUGUCCUGCCAUCGUUGCAAUCCGCUUGACUGCCCGAGCCCUUUUGUUCAGGCCGUAUAGAUAGACCAUCGGUGUAGUAUAUAGACUGUAUUUUUGGUUAUCUUUAUUGUGCAUGCGUUGCCAGAC